GUAUUCUCUAACUCAACCACAGAUACACACAAAGAGUACACAGAGGAGGCUCUGGACCCAAGCAGACUAAAGGCUCUCUCUCUUUCUCUCUCUCUCCAUUAAUGGCUGCUUUAAGCACCAUCAUCAAGAGAAGAUCCAUAUCAUCAUCAUCAUGCAAUCUUGGUAAUCUUAUCAGAAGCUCCAGAUGGGUCUCAACUCAACCCAUGGUUGAUUCUCAUGACCCAUCUUUUGUUCAAAGAAUCAGAGAUCUGCCCAAAGAUCUCCCUGGUACUCACAUCAAAAAGGAAGUCUCUCAACUCAUUGGGAGAACUCCCCUUGUAUUUCUUAAUAAAGUUACCGAAGGUUGUGGAGCCUAUGUUGCCGUCAAGCAAGAGAUGAUGCAGCCCACUGCAAGCAUCAAAGAUCGACCGGCAUUCGCCAUGAUCAACGAUGCAGAAAAGAAAGGGUUAAUCACUCCUGGAAAGACGGUGUUGAUUGAGCCAACAUCGGGAAACAUGGGGAUUAGCAUGGCAUUUAUGGCGGCCAUGAAAGGAUACAAGAUGGUUUUGACCAUGCCCUCUUACACGAGCUUGGAAAGAAGAGUGACUAUGAGAGCAUUUGGAGCUGAUCUAAUCGUCACUGACCCAACCAAGGGGAUGGGAGGAACUGUUAAGAAAGCUUAUGAGCUUCUUGAAUCCACACCGGAUGCUUUCAUGCUUCAACAAUUUUCAAAUCCCGCUAAUACACAGGUGCAUUUCGAGACAACUGGUCCUGAGAUAUGGGAAGAUACUUGCGGGAAAGUAGACAUCUUUAUAAUGGGAAUUGGAAGUGGUGGCACUGUAUCUGGAGUUGGACAAUAUCUCAAAUCCCAAAAUCCUAAUGUUAAGAUAUAUGGACUUGAACCUGAGGAAAGCAACGUACUGAAUGGAGGUAAACCAGGCCCUCAUCAUAUAACUGGCAAUGGGGUUGGAUUCAAACCAGAUAUAUUGGACAUGGAUGUGAUGGAAGAAGUUCUUAUGGUUUCUAGUGAAGAUGCUGUGAAUAUGGCUAGGCAGUUAGCAUUGAAGGAGGGACUUAUGGUGGGGAUAUCAUCAGGGGCUAACACAGUUGCAGCACUUAGACUUGCAAGAAGGCCAGAGAACAAAGGCAAACUUAUUGUGACCGUUCAUCCAAGCUUCGGAGAGCGAUACUUGUCGUCUGUCCUGUUUCAAGAGCUGAGGAAAGAGGCCGAAAACAUGCAACCAGUUUCCGUCGAUUAAGCACCAAUCUAAGAUCUGAAAAAUGCCCACGUCACGUAUCUUGUAAUGAUGUGAUCAAAUGUGAACUUACACGAAGUUUUCAGUUUCACUUGUAAAAUGCUUUCAUGUUUUGGGAGUUAUGUUGUUUUUCAUUUUUAUUUAUUAGAUUGGGAGAGUUAUGUUGUUGGACAUUAAUGUUAAUUGCAUCGGUAAUUUGUUGUCUCGGAA